AUAGUGUCUCCACGCAUGCGUAUUCGACUGUUUUAAUCAGCUGAUACUACAAUCAGGACGCACUUCGUAAUUAUUCAAUAAAGGAAGAAUUUAUGGUCGGAUUCGGUGUUUUGAUUUCACGUAGAUACUAUUUUUUCGUGUUAGCAGUUUUAAAUAACAAUCAAUUAUAAUGGUGAAAGAACUGUGAAAACAAGAUAAUGGUUAUAUUUGUACUCAGACAUGAAUGCUUUACGUAGACUGUCGUUAACAGUAAGAGAUUUACAUACUUGCCCUAUAUUAUUUCAAGAAAAAGCACAUUCUUUAAAAGGAAAGAAACACAGUUCUCAGUUAUGGCUUAGUAGACAAAUAAAAGAUCCUUAUGUAGAAAGGGCGAAACAAGAGAACUAUAGAUGCAGAAGUGCUUUCAAGUUGUUAGAGAUAGAUGAAAGGUUUAAUCUAUUGAAGCCUGGACACAUUGUGAUCGAUUGUGGUGCUGCACCAGGCAGUUGGACACAAGUUGCUGUCAAAAAGACAAAUGCGGAUGGAAAAACUAAUGAUCCGAUGGGAACUGUAUUGGCAAUAGACAAAUUGUCAAUAUAUCCAAUUGAAGGUGCAAGUAUAUUGAGCAGAAUGGAUUUUACUAAUUCUUUGUCACAAAUAGAACUUUUAAAGUUAUUGAACAAUAAAAAAGCUGAUAUAGUUUUGUCAGAUAUGGCACCUAAUGCAACUGGUGUAAAACAUUUAGAUCAUGAGAAUAUAAUAAAGCUUGUGUAUAGUGCUAUGAGAUUCGCUAUGCAAGUUACAAAAACAGGUGGAUUAUUCCUUUGUAAAUUAUGGGAUGGUGAGAUGUCACAACAGCUACAGAAAGAUUUACUAAGAUUUUAUAAAACUGUUAAAAUCAUCAGACCUCAAGCUACACGAAGUGAGUCUGCGGAACAGUUUUUCUUAGCUAAGGAUUUCAGAGGAAUAAAAAGUACAGCCAGCAGUACAAUGUAACAUGCAAUUUCAUUAACAAUUAAAGUUAUGUACAAUAAAAAAUGUUUAAUGGAUAAAGUGAUUUAUAAUACAAUCAUGUAUCAUGCCUGGACAGGUUGUAAAUAAUAACAAAGCACGUGUAUUUUGGUAUAAGACCAACAUCAAAUGAUUUUUAUAACUUUUCUUUCAUUUGCGAUCUAACAGACUCCUACACGAUACGACAAGUAUAAUAUACAUCAAUAUAUUUAGCUAUAAAUAAUACAAUAAUAUUUAAUACAGUUACAAUUAAUACACAUUAAGACGCUGGUGACGCUUCUUAAUUACUCUGUAUAUACAAGUCCCUUUAAUAAAAUUAAUAUGUACACGAAUUAACAUUCAGUAGAUGAGAAAGGAGAGAUUACACACCACAUCGAAGCGUACGCA